GGGAGUAGCCCGUGUGACAAACGGGGACAGUUUGUGAUAGCAGCCAUCAGUAAUAAAGGAUCUAACGGAAACAACAGUUCGGGAUGGUGCAGUUACAGGGCACUGCAGUUUGGACCUGAAGGUGCUUCUAUGCCGAACAGGGUUCUGUGGAUCCAAUGAGUGGUUUCUGCGCUGCAUGAGUGGUUUCCGCGCUGCCUGGUGUAGGCGCCAAGCAAAUACUGUGCCACACCCCUCAUGCCCUGUUCAAUCAUCAUAUGUGGUAUGAUGAGUUCUGUCAUGAUGCCUUUGAUUGCUUAUAAGAACACAAUGAAGCUUGUGGGCUGCUGGGUCAUCAGGAAACAGUAGCCAACAGACACAAAUUGUAUUGAUGAUGGAUGAGCUCGAGAACAUUUAUCACUUGUUUGAAUCUCAGAGGAAGGAUCUUCUUCACUUGGUCCAAGUACAAGCCAAGCCACUGAGAGCUGAGGAAGUCCACAAAUUCCUUACCAGCAUGGACAUGAUUUGUAGUCAUGGGCUAAAGCAGGAAAAGAAUGGUUUUUGGCCCUUUGUGCAAGAGUUUACUCAUAAGGAUGGUGUGAAGCAUAUCACCAGGAUGGAGAAUGCAAUUACUGGAGUUGGAAAAGGGCGCGCGUGGCUGCUGCUGGCCCUGUCGCAGGGCAUGCUGGAGUUCUACUUCACCACGUUCCUGAGCCACACCGCGCAGCUGGCGCGCCACUACCGGCCGGGCGCGUUCCUGCGCCACCAGGGCUGGCUCAAGCGGGUGGUGCUGGGUCUGGCCGAGCUGAUGGCCGCCAAUCCCAGCACGGCGCUGCGGCCGGAUGAGUACGAUCUGGACAGACACGUGUGCCCGUCGGCCGUCCCUGGCUGGCAGUCCGGCCCGGCUUCGGCGCUGGAGGCGUCGCCAGUCGACCAGGAGCCGCUGCACUGGACGCACUCGGGCCGCCGCAGCCGGCGCACCGCCUCCUCCACCUCGUCGUCUCGCUCGUCGGGCCGGUGGCGGCGCAGCGUGGCCCGCCGUCCGCCCUCCGACUCGGCCUGUCUCACCAUGUCGCCGGCCGGCUCUGACCGCACCUCGGACCGCACCACGCCCGGCAGCGACUCGCCGGGACCGUCGCCGCCGCCCGGCGCCACCGAGGUCAGCGAGCGGUGCCCGCCCGCAGGUGCUGGGGAGGCGACAUCUGCUCCAGUGCCGGCCGCCGCUCCAGCACCGGCUGCCUCUUCAGUGCCGGUAGCCGCUCCGGUGCCGGCUGCCGUUCCAACACCAGCCGCCGCUCCAGUACCGACUGCCGCUCCAGCACCGGCUGCCGUUCAAGAACCGGCUGCCGUUCCAUCACCGGCUGCCGCUCCAGCACCGACUACCGCUCCAGUACCGGUUGCCGCUCCAGUACCGGCUGCCGCUGCAGUACCGGCUGCCGCUCCAGUACCGGCUACCGCUCCAUUACCGGCUGCCGCUCCAGUACCGGCUACCGCUCCAGUACCGGCCGCCGCUCCAGUACCGGCUGCCGCUCCAGUACCGGCUACCGCUCCAGUACCGGCUGCCGCUGCCGUGCCGCUCUCCGCUCCGGCAGUGGCAGUGGUGGUGGCGCCGAACAAUCCUGCGACCAGCUUGCCAACCUCGUCUCCCGUGGCGGCAGACGUGCCCCCGGAAUGCGUGUCUCCCGCGCGUGGCGCCGCGCCGCGAGCGGCCGCGGCUGUAGAUAGUGUGGAGUCUCCCGGGGCUGGCUCAGAGGUGGCGCGGCCUGCGCUUGGCAUCGCCGUCUCUGGAGGGGAGCCGCUGUGAUGGUAGUGAGUAUUGCGCCGCGCAGAGCAGUUCUGAUGCAGCGCCACAAGUCCGCAACAAACCUGCGGGCGAGAACGGCGAUAGGCCGAGUUCAGAAACGCAACAAGACAUGGUUUUGGAGGCCGCGGGCUCUCAGCCGAUGCCUCCAGAAAGGCCAUCCGAUGACAUCACAACGGCGGCAGGGCAUCAGCAGCAGAGCGGUGAGGCGGGAGAGGAGGUGAAGCGAUCGGCCGGAGGACUCCCGUCACUGCGAGCAGGAUUUCUCCCGGAGCCUGGGUCAUUCGGCGCGCGCCGACGGCGAGCACGCGUCUCUGGGAAGAGCGCGACAGGCCGAGACGGAAGCCGUCAGCAGCCUGGCAGCUGUCUCUGAGCCCAGCCGUGGUGA